AUGGCGCUCGCGUCGAACGCGUCGGGCCAGUCGACCCGCGUCGGCUCGUCCGCGUUCCGACGCGUCCCGCCCCUCGCGCCGCGCGCCGGCGCACCCGCGUCGCGAUGUUCGAACCGCGUGGAGCGAGCGCGACGCGUGGUUUUUCGCCAAAAAGUCGACUCGGAUGCUGCGCGGCUUCGCGGACGGGCCGCGCAUCUCGCGCGCGCCGCCUCGUCGGAUGAUGCGACGCCCCCGGCGGCCGCCGAGCAAAGGGCCGCGGGAUGGUGCGACGAAGAUACGUCAGAGUGCGACGCCUCCGCGUCGUGGGACGAGGAUCCCGCCAUCGACCUGGAGAUGUCCCCGGCGGAAGACGACGCCCCCGACGCCUGGUGGGUGUCCCUCAUGAACGAGGGACUGGACUCCGACCCGGCGUGGACCCUCGUGGCGUUCUUCAUAUGCGACCUUGGCAGCGCGAUGGUGCUUUUCGCGUUGUACACGGUGGCGCAGGUGAACGUCGACGCGGAUUUCGUGCUCGCCUACGCGCUCGCCAAGGGACCGCUCCGCGCGCCCAGGCUGGCGCUCGAUGCGGUGGUGGCGGCGGACAUGACCAGGCGGUGGCCGCAGCUGGCGCGCGUGAGGGUGACGUCGCUCAUCGACGCGGGCACCGACGCCCUCGCGAGGUUUAAGCGGUUCGUCGACGCGAAGGUGGGAGGGAGGAGCGACGCGGAAGAGGGAGUUACGGGAGGAACGGCAGCCGUCGAGACUGGCGCCAGAGAGUCCUCUCGUUCAGACGCGAAGCAAUCGGCGGGUGCCAAACUGGCGGCGGAGGCCAGGUCGCUGACGGACAAGUACGGCCUCGCGUACAUGGCGGCGAAGAACAUCAUCGGGCCCGUCACCAUGGUCAUCUUCUACGUCGCCCUCAAGUCCGGGAUCGACGUGCAGGCGCUGCUGGAACGCGCGCUGGGCUCGGCGGCGACGGAGGGGGGAGCGGCGGCGGCGGCGGGCGCGGCGGCGGGUCGCGUGUGUCUGUCGUCGUUCACGAGCACCGCGCUGUUCCCGUGGGUAGUGCUGGGGGCGGGGGCGCUGGGGCCAGUGUUGGGGAGGGCGGCGAGGGGGCUCAAGAGCGGGGAGCUCUCGAAAGCGGAGUAG